AUGAUCAACUCGAUCAACUCCAUUCAAAAACAAAAACAAGGUCUUGGUGCUAUACCUAUUACUGGAUCUACUUCGGGCCAACCAUCUUCUACAGUUUUAGGUGGUAAGCAUAUCGGUCUAAGUAAUGCCGAAGUGGAUGAUGAGAUUGAUUCGGGAAAUCAGAGUCAAAGUCUUGGAGCGGUCUUUACAUGGUUAAGUCCAGUGAAUGGUGAUGAAUCAUUGGAAUCGAAACAUCAUUGGAUCACUAUCACACCUCAUGAGAUGAUACCAGUGGAGAUCAUCUCUAGAAGCUUACCGGUUCAUAAUCUCGAACCUGAAAUCCCAAGUUCCAACCCAACAAGAUCAUCGAUCAUGAUCAAGAAUGAUAUAGACGGACUUGUAUUUGAGUCACCUAUCAGUUCGACUCGAUCGAUGUCACCUAAUUAUCAAUGGGAUCAUAUUCAAACCAUUCCUGCCAUGUCAUUUGUGAUGGCAUCAAAACGAGAUAUAAGAUUAAGUUGUUAUACAGAAGAUCAAACGAUCAUCUUUGAAGACUCACGUGUAUCCAUGGAGGAUGAAGGUAAACAACAGAUUGGAAAUAUGAUGAUUUAUUAUCAUUCGAAACAUUCAAAACCAAUUCAAUCAGAUCAAUCUGUUAUUAAACUGAAUCAAACCCCAUGUGGAUCUUUGAUUGGAGUGAUCGGUUUAAGAAAUCAUCAUCAAGAUCAUUCAAAUGGUUUAAUCAUGAUUGAUUAUAAAUUUUUAAAUCAAACUUCAUUAUUCAUUAUUCACCAUUCAAAUGAAAUCAUGAAUGAAAAGAUGUAA